CCUCAGUUCGAUGACAGCCUCGACCAAUUCAAACUAUUCAGUUUCUUUGGAGACAGUUCGCAUUUGUUGGUAGUUGCUUUCAUCCAAUGAAUGGUUUAUAAUUUACUAGGUAUUAUGGCGUCUAGCAACAAAGCAAAGAAGCCAAAUGAUUUCCUCAACAAAAGAAUUCCUGAGAAUCCAAAGUAUAAAGGUGUGAAGGCAACUGUUGACACAGGUGCAAGUGUCACAAAGUAUUUAGAAAAGAUAGAAGACCUUAGAAAAAAUUAUAGAUUGAGAAAAGAUGAGAUCUUCAAGCGAAUGAAGCCAUCAACGUAUGCUCAAUUGGUCUUGCAAGUGGCCCAAGUUGUAACAAUAGAACUUGAGAGAGAGAGGCUUUCAACUGUACAAACCAAUAGAGAUUUUGACGAAAAUGACGAGAUACCACACUUAAACCUGGCUGCUGAAGAGAAAAAUAACAAUCCACCAGAUUCGAGCAGAUCCACUCUGCAAGGCGUCAUCAGUGGUAUAGGCGAGGUCGACAUCAAGGAUACUGAAUACGAACAACAACCACCAGUAACUGGACGAGAAAUGGAGGCACCAGACGCAGCAAGCCUGCCAUACCUUUUGUUAGAUGUUCGAGACAGAGACGCCUUCGAUAAAUGUCAUAUGAUUGGAGCAAAGAGCUAUCCUUCAGCGAUGUUAUCAAGGUCCGUCAAUUACUUCACUAAAGAAAUCCUUGAAUUUAGAAAUAAAACUGGCAAAAUCAUAGUAGUUUAUGACGAAGACGAGCGAAUAGCCACAAAUGUCGCGACGAUUUUCGUGCAGAGAGAUGUCGAUAAUGUCUUCCUACUAUCAGGUGGCAUGAAGGUGAUAUCGAAAAAGUUUCCGGGCUGUUUCACGACCGGGCCACUACCAGCCUCUUGCUUACCAACGCCACCACCGAACCGGAAGGCCAAACCGAAGCCUAAAAGUCCGGAACAAAACGAAGAAAGGCACUUGGCCUGGUUUACGAGUGAGAAAAUCGAAAAGAUUGAAGAUUUGCUCGAUGAAGAAUUGCUGAAGGAAGAUUCAAGCCGGAUGAGUUCUCGAGUCUCCAGCCGAUCGACAGUCGCUUCAAAGGCCUCGGUAAGGACGACAACAACACAAAACUCUGGAAGAUCAUCUUCGCGUCCUUGGAAGUAGUGAGGCAACCGAUUUGUUUUUGACUCUAGCUGAUAUAAUUUCAAAAUGCUACUAUACUGCACGAAAAUGGCGGCAGAUAAAAAACACGAGCUUAAGUUGUUACUAAAUUGUGUAACCCUUAACAUAAAUUUCUAGUCGCAAUAACAGACCGAAUAUAACGAGAAUAGUUUGAUUCGGUAAGUUCGGUGUCAAGCAUAGCGAAAUUGUAUCCUUUACCGAUAAAGACAGCGAAAGAUGGCACUUUCUUGAUGCUAAAUUGUUAAUAUAAAGGUCCGAUUAUGCAUUAUUUUGCAUGGUUGGUAAAGUUGAAAUCUUUAUUUCGCUAAAAUAAAAGCUAGUAUGAAAGAUUCUUUCAAAGAUGCUGGAAUAUUGUUUGGUGGUAUGAAUUACUUCUAACAGAAAUUCUGCAUCUCAAAAUUUGAAAAGAAAUUGCAGCUUGUGCAUAAAUCCCCCGGGCGGCAUUUUUUCUCAAUAUGGUAUUCCUGCAAGUAAACGUGUAUUGCGGCAUUGUGUAAUGCCUUUGUGAUAUUUACAUCCCUGUGGAAUUACAUCAGUGCCAUAUGGACUGUAUCCUCAAGUAUUUCGAACCCCGAAGGACGCAACAAAGUUUUGGUGGCCAUUUUUGAAGAAGUAUUGUAGGUUCAAGAGCGCGAUACAUGUGUAACUCGAUGGAAAAAGAUUUUGCUUGCUUUUAAAAUUUUGAAGAAGGGAAGGUUAGUGAACUAGUGUUAUCCCUGCUCAGAAAAUAUUAUCAAACUAUUGUAUGUACUUUCUAUUAUGUCGUUAGCUCUAUUUUAAAUGCAGACGUGCAAUGAAAUGAAAGCAUCUUCCUACCUUACAUGCCUGUCUAGGCCAACAUUGUGAAAUACUUCAUAAAAUCACAUAUAUGAUUUUCGUUCUAAAAAAGAUACUGGAAACCCCUUUUCAUGUUUUAAGAGUUUUGCUGUUAAAAAAAAUUGGAAUUUUGUAUUUGUUUUUAAACAGUCUUUCAUAUAUGUGAUUUAUGCAAGCGGCAGAAUUACCCUCUAGCGAUAAAUAGCGAUUAGAAUCUGUAUAUUGAAUUCUACUCAACUUUGUCCGCUUCUAGUAGCCAGUCCCCGCUACUCUUGACCGUGUCCUUGAAGACAUUGCCAAAGGCAGCUUUAGGGGAAUGACUGUACGUCUGCAAUGAAUGUUGUAGUUUGUAAACGAAGUUUGUGAAUUUUCGUCGCAUCAUGUGUAUAUAGAUCACCAUGGAAGUUAUUAAUGUAAACAUAAUUGCUUGUAUUUGCAAUAUGAAAUGUCAUUCUGCUA